UUAGCGGUAGCUAUAAAGCCGGGCACUUACCCGUCGGCGCUUCAGUUCAGAACUUCGACUACACCGCGAUCGUGCAACUAUAUUCCACUAUGCUCAAGUAUCUCAUCGUUGCUCUGGCCCUGUGCGCUGUGGCCCAUGCCGAUGAGUGGACGCCCAAGACCGGCGAGGAGAUCAGGGGCAUCCGCGUGGAGUGCCUGAAGGAGACUCCGCUGAGUAACGAGCAGAUUGCCCAGCUGAAGAACCUGGUCUUCCCCAACGAGCCCGAUGUGCGUCAGUACCUGACCUGCACGGCCAUCAAGCUGGGCAUCUUCUGCGACCAGCAGGGCUACCACGCCGACCGCCUGGCCAAGCAGUUCAAGAUGGACUUGACCGAGGAGGAGGCCCUCAAGAUCGCCGAGAGCUGCAUCGAUGACAACUCCCAGAAGAGUCCCACGGACGAGUGGGCCUUCCGCGGACACCAGUGCAUGAUGGCCAGCAAGAUCGGCGACAAGGUCAGGGCCUUCGUGAGGGCCAAGCAGGAGGAGGCCAAGAAGAAGGCCGCCGCCUAGGAUUCCCAUCAUAUAUAGCCCCAAUAAAGUGUGUUCAUCUCUUGUGCUGGAAUGCAA